UUUGCAAUUUGCCAAUAGGUAAAACAACGAUAUAAGUUAGCAUUCGAUGUAGUAUGAUAAUUAGGUAGGUAUUAAAAUAAGUAACAUCUAAUAGUAGAACUAAAACUAAGGAGACUUUGAUUGUAGCUUACUUAAUAUCUCUGCUUUUGCAUCCAGUUUUAUUGAAAAGCAUAAUGGUUAGAUUUCCUCACCAAAAUUUGAAGAACUCUAACCUCAAGAUCAAGACAGAUACAUAAUUUCAGCAAAAGAUAGUGUGGACGAAAACUCAACUAGAAAAAUAAUUGAAUAACUAAAUGACAAUUCAACUUUAUAAAUCAAAGAAUUGCCUUUAGAAUAGAUUAAAGGAACUAAAAAUUUUAGUAUAUAGUAUGAUUUCUAAAAGAUGGAAAGAAAGAGAAGAGGAAAUUUAUUUUAAGGAGAAUUUCUCUUAAAAAAGGAUGUUUGGAAACAAAAAUGGAUGUAGAUUUUUUACUACUUGGCUAAAUUUAGAACCAUAGCUAGAUAAGUAGCUCUACUUUUUAGACCACAUAUGCUUACGAAAAAGUAAGUUCGUAUGAUAAAUGAUCUAGCUAGUGACUAAAAGCAUAAAUCAUCUUUGUCUCAUAUCCCAAAGCUAGAAUUAAGCAGAUAAUUCACUUUUUAAAACUUUAGCAAAUUUAUGAGUUUUCGUAAUUAUAGGAAAAUGAUUAAAUUUAUAGUAAAAUAUUUCGGCUGGCUAUUUUAAAUAUGCUAAAAGAUUUAUGAAUUAUAUAUUUUAAUAGUCUAGUUAAUUUUUUCAAACAUUCCUUUAUUUCACUACCUCUCUUAUAGUUAUAUUGUUUGGGAAACAAUCAUAUUCAUUGCAUCAACAAUCUUAUUCAUAUAUAUUCCUUUUGAAUAUUCUUUCUUGUCAGCUAGGAGUGAUGUCUUUCAAAUUUACUUUUCAAAAAUAUGCCCUGUGGUAUAUUCAAUAGAUGUUUUCAUAAGAGCAAACACCAAAUCAACAGAAACAGGCAAUUUAGUUGAAAAUCACAUCUAGAUUUUUAAGCAAUACUUCAAGACAGAAAUGAUUCCAGAUAUUUUAAGCAUUCUUUCAUUAAACUACCAGAUUAAUAAUAUUUAAGCUACCUAUUUCUUUUUCUUCUACAGAGUAUCCAAAUCAUUUAGAAUAUUAGACAUUUUUAAAGAGCAGUUUUUAUUAAGGAUGAAAAUAUCAGGAAUAAUAUCAUUAACUUUUUUAGCUGCUUAAGCUAUUUAUUUUGCACAUUUAAUUUGUUGUGUAUGGAAUGCAGUAGGAACUUAUGAAUCUCAAUAUAACUAUGGAUGGCUUAUAAAGUAUAAUGUAUAAAAUGUUUAAUUAUAAAUAAGAUAUCUGUAUAGCUUUUAUUACUCAGUAAUUACAAUGACAACUAUAGGCUACGGGGAUAUAACACCACAAUCUGAUCUUGAAAUGCUCACAGUGAUUUUUGUUGCUUUAAUUUCAUGUGGUGUCUUUGGAUAUUCUAUUAACUCGAUAGAAAAUAUAUUUAAAAUAGGAAGUAUUUUAUAUGACUUUAAACAAAAGAAAAAUAUUUAUCUGUAGGGUUUGGCUAUGAUAAAUAAAUAUUUUAGACAAUAUGAUGUGGAUUUAGAGUUACAAGCAAGAGCUAGAAAAUAUUUAGAUUACAUUUAUACAGAUAAAAAGGAGGAUUUACUCUGUUCAAUUGACUAGCUAUCAAAUCUGACAGAAUACUUGCAAGAUGAAAUAAAAGUUAAUGUAUAUACGAAAAGACUUAAAAAGAUUUAAAUAUUUAAAGAUUUAUUUUCUGAUGAAACACUAAGCAGGAUAGCUUUAAAAAUGAAGGAAAAAAUAUUAUCCCAUGACUAAGAUAUAAUUUCUAUAUCUCAUGAUGAACCAUUUCUAUACAUUAUUCAUUCUGGAGAAGUGACUAAAUAUACAUUCAACUUAAAUACAAAAAAAGUCAAAGAAUUAUAUAAUUAUCAAGAAGGAUAGUUUUUUGGGUUUGAGAAUUUCAUCACAGAAAAUUAUUAUGAAGAAUUCAACUUCAAGAGUAAGGGAAUAUGCUGUGUCCUGUAAAUUUAAUUGAGUGAAUUUUUGUAAGAAAUUAAAAAAAAUGAAGAAGAGUAUGAAAAAUAUUGCUAUUUAAGAGAUGAGGUCAAGUUUAAUUAAAAUCUAAAAGCUGUUAAUAUAAGCUGUGAGUCAUGUAACUUGAAGACACACACUCUUAAGCAAUGUCCAUUUAUUUUUUAUGAGGGAAGAAACAAAUCAAUCUUAAAAAAUUAUUUUAGGAAUAUCCAAGAACAAAUAAAAAACCUAAAAAGAAAUACAAAAAGAAAGAAAUUUUAAGCUAUAAAUGAUAUAAAAUUUAUUAAAGAUUAACAGAUAUAAUUUAUAGAAUAAUAAAACUAAAAUAAUUUAUCAGAUUUAUCUUCAAAUUUAGAUUUCGAGGACUCAAACCAAUAAAUUUAAGAAUCUGAAAAUGAAAGUGAAGAUGAAAAUGAAGAUGAGGUAUAAUAAUAAGAAGAAGAAGAAUAAAAGUUACAAAAUGCUUCUACAAAUUCUAAAAGUUUAGCAAGUUUUAAAAGUCAAAAAUCUUAGAAAACAUUUUCAAAAGCCAAUAGCUUGAGUGAUGAAAGUUCAAUUAUUUAAAGUGCCAUCGAAAGGGCUGAAUCUUUGAAGCAAGCAAAUAAAAUAGAGGGUACAGAAAAAUAAUAGCUAGAUUCUUAAGUAGUAUAGAAAAAAGCAACUUUUAAUUUAAGCAGAAAAACCGUAUAAGUGUGUGAAAAUUUAAAUAGCAGCGAUUAAUCCUUUUAUAGUGGAUAAGAAAAAAAAGAACUAUAAACUUCUAAAAGUUUAAAGCACAUUCAAAGUCUAACUAAAAAAAGAUCUUCUAUUCUUGCUACAAGUUAAUAAUAAAAUGAAGAAAAUAAAACAUAAAGUACAAAAAAAUCAUCUAAGAUCGAGAAUUAAAUUAACUAAUUGAUUGAAAGUCUACUUGAAUAAAGAUUACAUUCAUUAAAUCGCAUUGAUAAAAAAAGACGAUAAACUAUAAUGAAAAAACACGAUGCGAUGACUAUAUAAUCAAAAUUCAUAGCUUAAUAGUUCACAGCUUAAGAUUUACAACUUUAUAUUUACGACUUUGAAGAAAUAAAAGAUUAUAUUUAUUAUUAUCCAAAUUAUAACCAUCUUUAAGUAAUAAGCUAAGAAAAUAAAAACAAUAGGUCCUCAAAAUAAGUUAUACUUUUUAAAAAAAACGUUUAUAGAUAAAUUGCUAUGUAGAGCAUAACAAAACGAAUGAAAAAAUCUAAUAUUUAUAUUAAAGAUCCUAUUUGAAAUAUUUUUAAUUUAUUUUUUGUUAAAAUUAAUUGAGCAAACUAUUUAAAA